UGAUUCACAGCAUUCCUCCAGAAAAGACACAUGAUACGACAUCUCAAUAUUAUUUCUUCCAACAUGUCUUUGAAUCGUAGAAGAAUAGAGAGCGCUGAAAAUCGUUACAAAAUAAAUCAAAUACUUCUCUCGUCACUGAAUUUAUGGCCGUUUCAACAAUCAAAAUAUACGAAAAUUAUUCGUACCUUUCACUUUGGCAUAAUGACAUCUUUUAUAUUCUUUCAGUUGACAUCGUUCGUUACAUAUGAAGUUACUCUAGAUGUCAUCAUUAUGGUUCUUUCAUAUGCCAUACCGUCUUUUAUAUAUGUGAUACAAUAUUACUCAUUUUCUUUCAAACCUUAUACAGUGAAGCGAAUUUGGAAAGAUAUUCAUAACAGCUGGGAUUUGAUGAAAAACGGAGCGGAGCGCAAAAUAAUGCGGCAAUAUUCAAUCGCGGGUGAACAGAUCACGAUAUUACUAUCACUAUCUAUCAUCACGAGCUGCGUCUUCUAUGCGAUUUUUGAAGCAAUGCCAAUCAUUCUCGACAUGAUCUUCCCAUUAAAUGAAACCCGUCCACGCGAGAUUCAUGCUUUGACAGAAUAUUUCAUCGACGAAAGAACAUACUUUUGUCCGAUCUUAUGCCAUUGGUUGAUUGGUCUGAUGUUAGGUGCUUACGUGGUUGCAGUCACAUGUACGUUACACUUGGUGUACAUGGAACACAUCUGCGGAUUAUUAAAAGUUGCCAAUUAUCGUAUCGAACAUUCACUCGAUGAAUGCGCAUUAUGCGAUUCCACUCAUGGGAAAAAUCGCGCUAUUCAAAACAUAACCGCUGCAGUGGAUAUACAUCGAAAAGCCGUCAAGCGUUGCGUAUUUGUACUAGACAAUUUUAACCCAUAUUUUUUCGUGAUAUUGAUAAUUGGUGUUUCAUCUUUAAGUUUAAAUUUGUUUCGACUGCUCAAAACAAUACUUGCGCUAGAUAAAAUGGUUCAGCUAGUUUCAUCAAUAUUAUUUGUUACUAUGCAUUUUGUGAUUAUGUACUUAGCUAAUUACUAUGGACAAAAAAUUACGGAUCAUCAUAACGAACUUUUUAAUACCACGUAUAAUGUACAAUGGUACACGGCUCCAAUAAAGAUUCAAAAAUUGCUAUUAUUCGUUAUGCAAAGCACUACGAAGAGCUAUUUUUUAAAUAUUGGAAAACUAGUUAUAAUUUCAAUAGAAGGUUUUGCUCAGCUCAUAAGUUUAUCAAUAUCAUACUUCACGGUAAUCUAUUCUCUGCUAUGAUAAACGGUUGUGUUGACUACCGAUUAUAAAUAAUACGUAGUAAAAGAUAUGUUAAAAGAAUUAAGCAACAUACUAGAAACGUGCACAUACUAGAAACAUUCUGUCUGUAAGUUAUAACUAAAUCAUUAUUCUGUUUCACACAAAUUUACUCUACAUGAUAAGAUAAAACCUGCAAUAAUGAUAUAAUACACAAUAACAUGAGAGAGAGAUUAAUAAUAUAAAUAUUCAGGUGAGUAAUUUUUUAGUUUUCGAUUGACACUAUCUUUAAAAAGGAAUAAAUAUAAAUGGGGGGCAGCGCA